AUGGCAGUCAGUCGAUUGAGAAAUGUUGAAAACAAGAUGAAAAAAGAACCUGUUUACGGUAUGAAGUACAAGGAAACUAUUGUCAGCGACGUGCAGAAAGGAUAUGCUCGUAAAUUGUCAUCUGAAGAGGUUGUUGAAAUUACUCCACGGACUUGGUAUUUACCACAUUUCGGUGUACUGAAUCCAAAUAAGCCUGGAAAAUUCAGACUUGUAUUUGAUGCCGCGGCUAAAGUUGGAGAAACAUCCCUUAAUUCAUCAUUGUUGACAGGUCCAGAUCUAAAUCAGCCACUCCUCACGGUUUUAUCUAAAUUUCGUGAAGGUCAAGUUGGGGUAUGUGCUGACAUCAAGGAGAUGUUUCACCAGGUGAUAAUUCGUGAAGAAGACCAAAACUCUCAACGAUUUUUAUGGAGAAAUGAUAAAACUGGCGAAAUUGAGGUAUAUAAGAUGUUAGUUAUGAUAUUUGGAUCCACAUCUUCACCGACAACAGCUCAAUAUGUCAAAAACUUUCAUGCAACACAGUAUCUAGAAAGUCAUCACGAAGCGGCCAAAGCAAUUAUUGAACGACAUUACGUUGACGAUUACGUUAAUAGCUUUCACACCGAUGAACAGGCAAUAACUGUAUCCAUGAUGGUUAAAAAUAUUGAGAUGGCUGGUGGUUUUGAAUUACGAGGUUUUAUAUCAAAUUCAAGAAAGGUUACUUCGAUCUUGAAUCAGGAACAAGAUGAUCAACUAUAUCAAGUGGAUAUGAACUUGGACAAAUCCCCUACAUGUGAUAAGAUACUGGGCAUGGUAUGGGACACAUCCACUGACGAGUUCAAAUUCGACUUGAAGUUUAAUCGUUUAGAAUCGACAGUGAUCACUUGUGAAAGAAUUCCAACAAAGAGAGAAUUUUUAGCGAUUGUCAUGUCAGUAUAUGAUCCGUUCGUAUUCUUAGCGGAUUUUCUUGUAUACAUGAAGCCCGAACGAAAAAACGUGGGAUCAUUCAGUCUAAAUGAAAUUGAUAAAGAUCCCUUCGUGCGAACGCCCAAAAGUGUAAGCUUCCCGGAAAUUGAGGAUUUCAAUUCGGGUACGGCAUUUUCGAGUAAGCAAACGCCGGCGGAGUUCAUUAGGACUUCGAAAUUACGGGCGAACGGCUUUCAUUAA